AUGUCACAGGGAAAUCAGACCGCCAUCGUGACGGAGUUUUUCAUUGUGGGAUUUCCUGGGCUUCAGCCAUUAUACUAUGAUCUUAUGGCUACAACUUUCUUCAUCAUAUAUGUGACGAUUGUGGCUGGAAACAUUCUCCUCAUUGUACUGUUUGUGAAACAGCACAGCCUUCAGAAGCCCAUGUACAUCACCAUGGUGAGCCUUGCUCUCUCUGACAUUGGCUUCUGUACUGUGGCACUGCCUAAGAUCAUUGCCAGGUACUGGUUUAAUGCAGGAGCAAUAUCAGUCCAUGUCUGCCUGUUUCAGAGGCUGCUAAUCCAUUAUUUUGGCACGCUAAGCUCUGUAAUCUUGCUGAUAAUGGCUCUAGACCGCUACAUGGCUAUAUGCUUCCCACUCCGGUACUCAACGCUGAUGACUAAUAGGGUCAUGGGGCUCCUCCAUGGGCUUGCAUGGGUGACUUCCAUGGUUUCCCCAAGCAUCACCACCAUCAUGUCCUCCCAGAUGUCAUUCUGUGGACCCAACCAGAUUGUUAAUUGCUUCUGUGACUCAAUGUCAGUAAGCAGCCUUGCAUGUGGAAAUGUCAGUAUGCAAGUAAAUUUGUCAACUUCACUGGCCAUGUUUGUUCUGCUUUUGCCCUUCUCCCUCAUCAUGCUGUCUUAUGUCCAUAUUAUCACUGCUGUGCUCCGCAUUGAUAGCAAAGAGGGUUACCUGAAGACCUUCUCCACCUGUAUCACCCAUGUCUGCAUCAUUGGUGUAUAUUACAUACCUCGCUUCUUUGUCUACCUAACACCCUAUUUACCCAUUAAGAUCAAUACCGACAUGCGUAUUGGGCUUAUUCUCAUUUACAGCCUUUUGCCCCCUCUGGUCAAUCCAAUAAUUUACAGCUUCAGAACAAAAGAAAUCAGAGAGAUUUUUCACACAUGGUUUCAGAGAAGGAAUGCUGUUACUAAGGAGGUGUGA